AUGUACAAAUAUAUAGGGGAGCAAGUUGAUAGAGUAAGGAUUGAGUUUCGAUCAGGAACUGUGGGGUUGAAGGCGCAGGUGGAGGCGGCGCGGAGGGAGGCGGCGGACGCGGCGGUGGCGCUGAAGGCGGAGCUUGCGCGGAUGAAGGAUGCGGCGGAGCGGCAUGCGGCGGAAGUGGCGUACGUGCGCGCGACGGCGGAGCACACGGAGGCGCGGAUGAACGACUUGGAGCUGGCGAUGGCGGAGUGGAAGAGCGCGCAGGAGAAGACGCGCGCGGAGGAGGGACGCGCGGGGAGCAAGCAGGAGCGGAGACGCCCGAGGGGAAGAAGCGGAAGCGGGAUGAUGCGGGGAAGGCGGAGGAGAGUGGAUCAGCUGGAGAAGAGUGGUAUCGACAGAGGGAGGCUAUGGGAGGUACUCCUCACGCUCUGGGCGAGAACAGCCCCGCAGCUGCAGGCCGCAAUGGAUCUCAGCCGCAUCUCCUGCCUCUCAGACGCGGCACUCUCUCGCCUUGCCUCGUUCCGCCAGCUCACAACCGUAACCCUCGAGGACUCCUCCGGCUUCACCGCUGCAGGAGUGCGGCAGCUCUACUCCCUGCCCGAGCUCGUGCAUCUGGAUCUCACGGGUUCAUGCACGGACGCUGCUCUGGAAGGGAUUGACCAUGUGACGAGCCUGCGGGCGCUUGCUCUUGAAAACAGUGAGGUCACGGAUCUUGGGGAGGGUAGGCUUGAGGGGCUCACUGCACUCAUAGAGCUGCACCUGGGUGGGUGUGAGUCGGUUACCUCUGCCGGUAUGGUGCAUGUGGGGAAGCUGACUGCGUUACAGGAGCUUUCACUGCACAAGGGGGGAGUGAGGGAGGAUGGGCUGCUGCAUCUCACGAACCUCAUUUCACUAAAUUACCUCACUUUGCCUCCUGGAGUGACUGACUCGGGCAUGAAAUACCUGAAGAGUAUGAAACUCCUGGUGACGCUGGGGCUGUGGGGUGCUAAGUCGCCAUUGCUAAUGGCGAUGGCGGGAGGCAUGGCACAGAUGCUGAGCGCGGUGCCAGAGAAGGUGCGACCGGGGGAGGUUGCGGGUGGAAUGGCGAGGGAGACAGCAACAGGAGGAAUGGAGGCGCGAGUAGAGCAGUUAGUAGCGGCGAAGCUGGCGCAGCAGGAGGAGGCCAUGGCUGUUCUCAAGCGAGAAAUGGACGAAAUGAAACGCGCGAUGGCGAAGGCCGAAGCGGCGAAGGGCGCAGCGGCGAAAGGGGCAUUGGAGAGGGGCAGCAUCGGGGAGACGGCGAAGGGCAAGGGCGGGGCGGAGAGCGCAGCGGCAGGGGAAGCAGGGGCCGGCCUCCCGGCGCAGCUUUUUGUGCGGAGAAACAUUGUCCCGCCAGGGCCACGCGGCGGGCGCGUGAAGGCGGAGAUUGCGCGGAUGAGGGCUGCAGCGGAGCGGCAUGCGGCGGAAUUGGCGUACGUGCGCGCGACGGCGGCGCAUACGGAGGCGCGGAUGAACGAAGUCGAGCUGGCGGUGGCGGAGUGGAAGAGCGCGCAGGAGAAGGCGCGCGCGGAGAUGGACCGCGCGGAGGAUGGCGCAGGAGCGGAGAAGCCCGAGGAGAAAAAGCGGAAGCGGGAGGAGGCGGGGAAGGCGGAGGAGAUGGAGUAUGCUGCUGCUGUGGGCGGUGGCGCACUGUUUGCCAAUCGCGUUGCUUCCGAUGGAAAAUGCGACGAGGGAGACAUCAAGGCGGCCAUGUCUGCUGCUGUAGACGGACUCGAGACGGCUGUAGAUGGGCUGCUGGGCAGAGUGGUUACGCUGGAGGAGAGUAGUAUCGACAGAGGGAGGGUAUGGGAGGUGCUGCUCACGCUCUGGUCCAGAACAGCCCCGCAGCAGCAGGCAACAAUGGACCUCAGCCGCAUCUCCUGCCUCUCAGACGCGGCUCUCACCCGCCUCGCCUCCUUCCGCCACCUGAAAACCCUCAACCUCGGGAACUCCUCCGGCUUCACCGCUGCAGGAGUGCGGCAGCUCUACUGCUUGCCCGAGCUCAUGCAUCUGAAUCUCACCGGUUCAUGCACGGACGCUGCUCUGGAAGGUAUUGAUCGUGUGACGAGCCUGCGGGCACUUAGUCUUGACAAGUCCCAGGAGCUUGCGCUGCACAAGGGGGGAGUGAGGGAGGAUGGGCUGAUGCAUCUCACUGGUCUCACGUCGCUGAAUUACCUCAUCUUGCCUCCCGGAGUGACUGACUCUGGCAUGAAGUACCUGAGGAACAUGAAGCUCCUGAUGAGUCUGGGGUUGUGGGAUGCUAAAAUCACUGCACGCGGGGUGAGCUGGCUCGAGGGCCUUCCGUGCUUGCAGAUGAUUGCGACAGAAGUAGAAGUAGAAGGGUUCAUUCAGGACGCUUUCCCGGAAAUAGUCGUGACCCCAGGACCACUCCGUCGUGUGGCUAUUGCCUAG